AUGUUAAAAAAUAAGCGAACAAAAUGGGUAUAGAUUUGAUAAUUACUUUUGUCAAAUUUCCAAUCCCAAAAUCAACUGUUCAUAAAAUUCCUUCAAUUAGAUGGAAUGAAUUAAUUUGUUAGGAUCGAAUCAUCACUUAAAUAGCUCUAUGCAGUGGGGCUUUUCGUCUGUCGGCGACUAGCUUACGCGAAUGCUUCGCUCUUGCGCUAAUUUCCAAAAUGGUGUCGAAGCUUCUGAUUGCGGUGGUUUUUAUGGUCAUUUUGAUGGCAGAAGGAGUGAAGUCAUGGACCGGCGAAAUCCACGGCAGAGUGGUAUGCGACGUGUGCGCCGACUCCUCCAUCGGCCCCGAAGAUCACGUUUUAGCAGGUGCUGAGGUGGCAGUGCUCUGCAUAACAAAGUCUGGGGAAGUCCUGAACUACCAGGCAUUCGCAAAUGCAAAUGGGAUGUACACGGUGGCUGAGACGAUGCCAGAGAGUGAGCGUUGGGAUGCCUGUCUGGCAAGGCCGAUCAGCAGCUUCCACAGCCACUGCACGCAUCUGGGAGAUGGAAGCGUGGGCGUGAAGUUCAGUUACGACCACCCCUCUGGCUAUUCUCACGCCGUGAGACCCUUCGUUUAUCGUCCUGUCAAAGCUCCUGUAUACUGCAUUUAGGAAUGGGGCAUUAUGCAAGAAAGAUGGUAUGGGAGUUGUAUGUAUAUGUAUGGAAUAUAAUUAUAUAGAUAUAUAACCACAUGCCAAACUGUGAUUUUCACAACCAAGACUGAAUGUUUGAGCGCAAUUUUACUGGCCAAUUUAUCUGCUUGUUGGUUUA